GGUUAAUAAAAUAAAAUAACACCGGCUAGCUACCUAGCUAAUUAUCACCCUACGGUCCCGUCCACACCACCACCACCGGCCCUUCUCCAAUCGCCACCGAUUCCUCUGGCCGGAGACCGAUCCCUCCCACCCGCCGCCACCUCCGUCGCAGCCUCCUCGUCGCGCGGCGGCCGCCGUCUCCGCCGCACGCGCCUCGCGCUCGGUACGCACCCGUCGAUCCCCUCUUUCUGUCCGCCUCUGUCGAAUCGGCGGGGGGCGCUGCCGAGAGUAACUCGAGAGGGAUGAAAUACUCUGUCCGCCUCUCUCCGAUCUGAAUCGCCUCUGGAUUGGAUCAGAGACUUGCAUACCUGAACAGCCUCGAAAGGAACGAUGGCGCUAUCACGUAGUAUGAGGACAUGCUUGCAUAGUGGAAGACUUGCCGCCCUGGCAAUACUGGUCUCUGCUGGGAUCGUAUUGCAGAUUUUGGCAUGUGCUCUUUAUAACAACUGGUGGCCAAUGUUAACAGUUCUGAUGUACCUCAUACUACCCAUGCCACUCAUAUUUUUCCUGGGCUCCGAUUCUCCGUCGAUCAUGUCGAACGAGAAUGAUGGGUGGGUGAACUUCACCAAGUUCCUGACGGGCGCGUCGAUCGUGGGCAGCAUCGCCAUCCCGUCGAUACUGAAGCACGCCGGCGUUAUCGGGUGGGGCGCGCUGACGAUGGAGCUGUCCUCCUUCGCCGUCUUCGGGCUGGCCAUCGUGUGGUUCCUCCAGAUGAACUCUGAGGACGAGUACAGCGCCUUCUGAUCUCCAGAGCUUCAUCCUCUCCCGAAUCUAUGGUCUGCGUGCUAUUGGCGGUACCACACUAGAAAUAGGGAUCAUCAACUUGUGAAUAUCUACAGUAUGAUUUGGAGCAUUGGUGUGCUUGACCUUGCUUAUAUCAGUGAAGUGUGCCUGUUCAGUUGCGUGUACAGAUAUCCUCUGCCUGCUAGCAAUUGGAUUUCUGUUGGUAGGAACUUGAACUUCCAUUGAUGAUCUCACUUGCAUCGGUCAGCUGUUUGCCAUGGCAUCAGUGCAUACUCUGUCUAGCUUCUGCCGCCUUUCGUCGGUAUGAUAUUUCAACAUAAUGCAUCUUGCUUUGAUC